CUUGACGUCGUUAACUUUGGAUAUAAUAUUUUCCUAAUAAAGUCGAUUGUUGAUGCAGUCAAGUUUGGUUCAAUUCAAUCUCUUCAAUGGAAUAUCAAAUCUCUCAAUACUCAACUACGGCAGUGGAAAUAGAUAUAGAUCUUCCGAUGUCCAGAAGAAUCCGGAAGCAUCCGUCACCAAUCGAACUAAUUGGCUUGCUCUUCACCCUACGUCGCCGUUGCAACCGCUUUCAGGUGUUAGAGAACGGUGAGCGACAAUUAGUAGAGGAACAAGAAGCAUCAAAAGUUCCUCUAUGCGACCACCAAUUCCCUGUUGAAAUCUUCAAUGGAGACGACAAUUCUCUAUUCCAAUACCUUUGUUGUAGCUUCGAAAACUACGAACCUAAAAUUGAUGCAGAGGUGGUAGCAACUGCCCUAAUCGAGCAGUGGAUUGGGAUAAGGGACCAACUGAAUUCGAGAAGCUGCCAUAAAGUAUUUUCAAUGACGGUGAAUUUGACAAUCACAGAUGUUGUGGUUCAAUAUGUUAUUGGGGAAGACGGUAGCUCAUUUGGUGGAGAAGAUUUUAGAGCGGUUCCAGCAUGCGACAAAGCUCUUAAGAAGAUGUUGAAGAGAUUGGAAGUGAGAGACGAAGAUGAAAGAAUUUGUAUUAUAUGUUUGGAUGAAGUUAGGAAAAAGAAGAAUGGGCGAUGUGGUUUGGAAAUGCCUUGUUUACAUGUGUUUCAUGGGAAAUGCAUUGAAAAUUGGUUGAAAAAUAGCCAUUGUUGUCCAAUUUGUAGAUUUCAAAUGCCAAUCAGUUCAGGCUUUGGUGAAGAUUUUUGAAAAUCCCACUAAAAGGAGUAAAACGUCAAAUUAUUUGACAAGAGUACAAAAGACAAUACAAAUACUGACAUAGAAGAUGGUGUGGUGGCACACAGAGAGGAUAAUGGCUGGUCAUGAAUGGCACAGGUAAAAAUGAAGAAAAAGAUGAAGGUCUGCUUGACGUCGCAAUAGAUAGGGAUUAGGGACUUUCAAUUUUUUGUUUAAUUUGUUCAUAAUUUAUGCUUCUUUUGGGGUAGGACAACUAUGGGUAAAUGGGUGUGUUGCAAGAUUUAAAGGGAAAAAAAGAACCCGGCUUGUCCCCUUCAUGU